AUGGAAGAAAAGAACGGUCAGGAGAAAAGAAAAUCGGGAUUAACACAGAAACAAGAAAUUAAGGACGCAUUCCUGGAAAACAAAUCCCAUAGCCGGAAUAAUCCGACUCUCAACAGCACAGAAACGACAGGACGUAUAUCAACGCCAGGAGGAGCAAGGAAGGCAGCACCAGAAGACGUUUCUAACAAAACGAGCGGGCGGAAAGAAGCCGUAAGUCUAAGAAUGUUCAGAGGAAGUUUCUCUAGAACUCCAAAGCCCAAAACCGACUCCAGCAACAGAAGGAGCAAAAGUACCAAGAGUACGACGACGAACGGAGGCAAAAAUCCCCAUCCAGGCCCCCAAAGGCCCUUAACGGACAAGACAGGCGACAAGAGAGAGGACUACCAACAUGGCCAAAUAACGACAAGGGCACGGAGGGGGAAAGAAAACAGGAAGCUGCAAGUCAUCCCGCCAAAUAACACAGCGGAAAGCAGGAACAAUGUCGUUAACGGAGGCCAGAAUCGUCCAGAUAAGCUCCAGCAGAGAGGGUACGACGAGCGAAAGGAGACAGAAUCUUCAGGACGAGGGAAAAUCACGAAAAGGUUUGACGCCACAGAGAAAGGGGAAGCAGAGAAGCAGAAGGGCAAAGAAGCAGAGGGAGGAAACAGGAACCCCAAGCACGAGACAAGUGACGUGGAUGAGGGUCCCAACUCAGCCGGACCCAUAAAGGCGAAGGCAUUAGAGGGAAACUGCAGAGAAGGCACAGGGCAGAGGAAUAGGAAGCGCGAGGAAACGGGCGCAGGGGAUCAUGGGAAACGAAUCCUGGAAAACCGACGAAAAGAGGCGCAGGCGGGAGUACUAGAACAAAUCGAGAACACCGAGAAGAGGUCGUCAGGGCAAAGGAAGAGAACCCCAGGGACACCCAAGCAGAACACGAGAUACCCAAAAGUGAAGUAA